UUGAAACCUUGAGUUGAAAGACAGAAUUAAAGUUACAGCAGGAGAAACAGGACAUGGAAAAUACAGACAGUGUAAAAGACAUGAAUCCUGAUGUUCAGAAGGAAACAUAGGGCUGGGGUUGAGCUCAGUGGUAGAGCCUGGUGGUGUGCAAGUGAUGUCUUUCAUACCCAGCACUGCACAGAUGGUUCUGAAUCUUUCCCUUCAGGUGAGUGGCAGGGUUAAGUGAUGAGGCUGGAAUCCAGCCCUCAUUCUGGUGCUCACACGUUUGCAAUUGAACAGACCUUGUUUUCUGGGAGCAGGCUUUGAUAAGAACUUUCCUGAUUGAAUGCACUUUUGUGUUAGGAGUGACUUUUUUUUUUUUGUUUAAGCACCUUCAAUGUUUAAAAAUAGUUCUGGUCGGGGUAGGGAGAUUAUCAGCAUGUUGCAUUCCUUUGCAAGACAUUACCGUAAAUGAAAAGUACAUGAGGUGCACGCGGCGGAGAAGACUUGAGUAGAGACGCGAAAGCUUUGGAUUUACUUUGGAUUUACUCUGCAGUUUUCUUGGACAACCUUCCGGGUCGGUCCUGGCCUGGCUCUGGCUGGGCUCUUGGUGGCAUUUCCCAGAGGCGGGCCUUGGCUCAAGUCCCGGGCGUCCCCUGCGCCAGCCCCGCCUGGCUUCCCGUGCACCACAGUAGGGUUCGAGGUCUCACCCAGCUCGGCUCCUCCCUCCCGCUCGCCCACCGGGCCAGGGCCUGGGCCUCGCCCGUGACCCGCAGAGCCCCUGCCACCAGAGGGCGCGGCCGUCGUGGCUGCCCGACCGGUUUCCGGCCCCGCCCUCGCCGAGCUGCGGUCGCGGCCCUCCGGCCACCCCCGGGCCCCCGCGUCCCCUGGGCUACCUGCGCUCCUGGCCAUCCCGAGUCACCGCGCUCCCGGCAUCACCCGUGCGGCUCCAGCCAGUGCAAGUUCUGCAAACUUGGCUGCCAAGUGCUACACUGAGAAGCAGAGGUCUGGAGGACUGAAUCCUUUUGCCUACAGGAUACAAGUGGCCAAAGAUGAAUUUGGAAAAAGUAGCUGCUGGCAGCUUUAGCCAUGGAAGAGCAGGAUGUCAACACAUCACAUUCUCACUCGUACAUUAAACUACUGAAGACCAACCGGGAGCUGCUGGUCACCCACAUCCACAACACACAGUGUCUGCUGGACAACCUGCUGGAGAAUGGCUAUUUCUUGGCUGAAGACGUGGAGAUUGUGUGUGCCUGCCCCACUCAGCCUGGCAAGGUGCAGGAACAGGUUCGAAACCUUCUGGACCUGGUACAGAGCAAGGGCGAGGAGGUGUCUGAGUUCUUCCUCUAUGUGCUCCAGCAACUCACAGAUGCAUACGUGGACCUCCAGCCAUGGCUGCUGGAGAUCGGCUUCUCCGCUUCCCAGCUCAUUCAGAGCAAAACUAUUAUCAACACUGACCCAGUGAGCAGGUACACCCAGCAGCUGCGGCACCUGGGGGGCUGCGACUCCAGGUUUCUGCCGAGCUACGCGCAGGACUGCGAGCGCGAGCUGCCGCUGGAGGAGGUCUACGAGGACCCGGUCCUGGAGCUGCUGGGCCCCGACGAUGAGAGCAUGGGUCCCCUGAGCGGCCCAGCCUGGCUGCUGGAUCCUGAGCCCCGCGUCCUCGGCGGGCAGGGCGAGGCGGUGCUGGUGGUGGGCGACGCGGGCGCGGGCAAGUCGGCACUGCUGCAGCGGCUGCAGGCUCUGUGGGCGGCGGGGCGUCUGGGCGUCGAGCUCCGCUUCUUCUUCCUCUUCCGCUGCCGGGCGCUGGGUGGGAUGGGCGCCGCGCUGCGGCUGCAGGACCUACUUUUCCGCCACUGCUGCUUCCCUGAGCACGGCACCGAGGAGAUCUUCGCCUUCCUGCUGCGCUUCCCGCACUUGGCGCUGCUGGCCUUCGACGGCCUGGACGAGCUGCCCGCCGACUUCGACCCGAGCCGCGCUCCCGACAGCUGCAGCCCCUGGGAGCCCGCGCCACCGAUGGCACUGCUGGCGGCGCUGUUGCGUGGCAGGCUGCUGGCGGGCACGCGCAAGCUGCUGACCGCGCGCACGGGCACCCAGCUCCCGCGCGCGCUCCUGCGCGCCAAGGUGCGGCUGCGCGGCUUCGGUCCGCUCCAGUUGCACAAUUACGCGCGUCGUGUGGUGCCGGGCCGCGCCGCGCGCGAGCGCCUGCUGCAACAGCUGGACGCCCAUCCUGGCCUGGGCGGCCUCUGCGCUGUGCCGCUCUUCUGCGGCCUCGUCUUCCGCUGCUGCGCAGGCCUUUGCGACGCCCUGGAGGGCCCUGGCCGCGUGCUGACUCUCACCGACGUCUUCCUGCGAGUCACCGAGGUCCACCUGCGUCGGGCACAGCCGCGCAGCUUGGUGCAGCUCCCGGCGCGUAGCUCGGCCGAAACCCUGCGUGCAGGGUGGCAUGCACUGCGGGCGCUGGGGCGUGUGGCGCUGUGCGGCACCCAGCGCGGCCGCUUCGUCUUCGGCCCUGACGAGGUGCGGGCAUCGGAGCUGCGGGAGGGUGGUGCGCCGCUCCUGCCGCUGGGCUUUCUUCGGGCCCUGCCUGCGCUGGGGCCCGAGCCUGGACACCAGGCCUUCGAGUUUCUGCACCUGACACUCCAGGCCUUCUUCGCUGCCUUCUUCCUGGUGGUGGACGAUGGGGUGGGAACUCGGGAGCUGCUGCGGUUCUUAGGGACAGGGGCCGGGGCUGGGGAUGGAGAUACGGACGGGGAUAGGGAUGGGGACUUGGACACUGUUGUCAGCUCCUGCCACCCUUGUCUCCCCGCCCGGUGCCUGCGCGACUGCCGCCCCACCGGCCCCGAGCCCUCCUCCAGCAAGGACCACCUCCAGUUCACCAAUCUCUUCCUGUGCGGACUUCUGGCCAAGGCCAGGCAGAGGCUUCUGCAGACCCUGGUGCCCGUGGCUGCCCUAAGGAGGAAGCGCAGGGCCCUGUGCACCCACCUGCUCGCCCGCCUGCGUGCGCACCUGCGAGGCUUGCCACGGCUCCGGCACGGUGGCUUCCGGCAGGUGCAGGCCAUGCCCACCUUCCUCUGGAUGCUGCGCUGCCUCUAUGAGACACAGAGUCAUAAGGUCGGGUGGCGCGCAGCACGCGGACUCCGAGCCAACUACCUCAAACUGGCCUUCUGCAAUGCCUGCCCAGCCGACUGCAGCUCCCUGGCCUUCGUCCUGCGCCACCUGCCCACUCGCCUGGCCCUGGACCUGGACAACAACAACCUCAACGACUUCGGUGUUCGUGAGCUGCAGCCGUGCUUCAGCCACCUCACUGUCCUCAGACUCAGUGUCAACCAUAUCACUGAUACUGGGGUGAAGGUGCUGAGUGAAGAGCUGACCAAGUACAAGAUUGUGACAUAUUUGGGUUUGUACAACAACCAGAUCACUGACAUUGGCGCCAGGUAUGUUGCUCGAAUCCUGGAUGAAUGCGGAAGCCUCACACACCUAAAGUUAAAUGCACAUGACUCUCCACCUCUCUACAGACUGGGCAAAAACAAAAUAACAAGUGAAGGUGGAAAGUGCCUGGCCCUGGCUAUGAAGAACAGCACAUCGAUCUGUGACAUUGGGAUGUGGGGCAAUCAAAUUGGGGAUGAAGGAGCUGCAGCCUUUGCAGAGGCUCUGAGGGACCACCCCAGUCUGAACAACCUGAGUCUUGCAUUCAACGGCAUCUCCACAGAAGGAGGGAAGAGCCUGGCUCAGGCCUUGAAGCAGAACACUUCUCUGGAGAUAUUUUGGCUGACCCAAAAUGAACUCAAUGAUGAAGUGGCGGAGAGCUUUGCAGAAAUGUUGAAGGUGAACCAGAAGUUGAAGCAUUUAUGGCUCAUUCAGAAUCAGAUCACAGCUAAGGGGACUGCACUGCUGGCAGAGGCCCUGCAGAAGAACAGCAGUCUCACAGAGCUUUGUCUAAAUGGAAACUUGAUAAAACCAGAAGAGGCCAAAGUGUUUGAAGAUGAGAAGCGGCUCUUCUUCUGAAGGAUAUUGCUGGCUGGGUCACAGCUCUGGGACAGCCCUCAGUAGCAGAAGGCGCCUUGUGCAGUCAGCGGGGCUGAAUGGAGCAGAGGCCAUCAGGAGCUGCUCUGGUGGUUCGGACUGAUGCCUGCCAGUGUUUCACGGGUUGUAGUCACUGCACAGCCAACAGUAUCGUGUCUUCCCAUACUGUGAAAGGUUUGCAGCGGGUGUCUGUGAUUAUUUCCCCAGAUGCUGAAGAAAGAAGACCACAGAGAACAAAGAGGCUUGAAGAAGGAAGAAUACAGAGAACAGAGGCUGAAGACAGACAGACCAAGGAGAAGAGGCUGAAGGAAGACUAUGGAGAACAAAGAGGCUGAAGAAGGACAACUACAGAGAAAAGAGGUUGACUAAGGAAGACUUCAGAGCUCAGAGGCUGAAGACUAUGGAGAACAAAGGCAACCCCAGGCGCACAGCACCUGCCUGGGGCCAGCCACCCUGUCUGGAGACCAAUGUGAGUGCUGGGUGCAGAGCCCAGCUACUUUGUUAGGGGCCAGGUGCUGGGGAGCAAUGUUGGUUCCUCCCCACUGCUGGCUGAUGCUGCUGGCUGUGGCCACUGAGGUUAGUGCAAGAUCAUCAGGAAGAUCAGAGGAUGCCCUCUUCAUCUAAGAGAAAGGCCAGUCUACUCCCUGCCCUGCAGGAACAAGGCCCAGCUUGCCUUGAGGGCCCUGGCAUCAAAGGGAAGUCCUCUCCCUGCCUGAGAAGAGAGGUCUCUAUUUCCCCAGACAUGGGGAAGCUGAACAAAGCGGGACUGGGCUGCUGACAACAGCUGGGGGGGUGUGCCCAAUGGUGAGGGUGGUGAUAGUACCAUAAUGCUUGUUUCUUUGCAAUUCAUUUGUUAAUAAAAUACUGCAAAUGCUUACUUUUUAGUCUUUUGCUGGUCCUUGAACUCAGGGUCUGAGUGCUUCCCCUGAGGUUUUUCAUUUGAGGUUAAUACUCUACCACUUGAACCACAACUCUACCUCUGGUUUUUAUGGUUAAUAGGAGAUAAGAGUCUCAUGGACCUUAUUGCCUUGGCUG